CGCGCUGCCCCCGCGGGCACCAUGAGGCCCCUGCUCCGCCGCCUGCUGCUCGCCGCUCUCCUGCUGCUGGCCCCCGCCCAGGCCCCUCUCUCCCAGCCUGAUGCCCCUGGCCACCAGAAGAAAGUGGUAUCGUGGAUAGACGUGUAUGCUCGCGCUACCUGUCAGCCGCGGGAGGUGGUGGUGCCCCUGACUGUGGAACUUGUGGGCACUGUGGCCAAACAACUGGUGCCCAGCUGUGUGACUGUGCAGCGCUGCGGUGGUUGCUGCCCUGACGAUGGCCUGGAGUGUGUGCCCACUGGGCAGCACCAGGUCCGGAUGCAGAUCCUCAUGAUCCGGUACCCGAGCAGUCAGCUGGGGGAGAUGUCCCUGGAAGAACACAGCCAAUGUGAAUGCAGACCAAAAAAAAAAGACAGUGCUGUGAAGCCGGACAGCCCCAGGCCCCUCUGCCCACGCUGCACCCAGCGCCGCCAGCGCCCUGACCCCCGGACCUGCCGUUGCCGCUGCCGACGCCGCAGCUUCCUCCGUUGUCAGGGGCAGGGCUUAGAGCUCAACCCAGACACCUGUAGGUGCCGGAAGCUGCGAAGGUGACACAUUGCUUUUCAGACCCAGCGGGGCCACUUGCCUCAUAGGCCACACCCCAGUGGGGGAAGAGAGGGGAGCCUGGUGAGAACAGUCCAGCCCCCAAGAUCUCAGCCCAGGAAGAAGCUGCUCCAGGACUUGGGCCUCUCAGAGGGCUCCCCUGCCAUCCCGUGUCUCCCCGAGGCUGUCAUGUAAAAGGGUAGGCAGAGUUGGAGGAGGAGACUUGGAGGCAGCAAGAGGGGUCACAUCCCAGCAUAGGGGAGAAUGGGGUACUAUCUCAGUUUUUAACCAUCCUGUACAAGUGAACAUCUUACAACUGGCUCCUCCCUCCCCUCACUAAGAAGACCUCAAACCUCUGCAAAUAAUGGGAUUUGGGCUUUGAUACAAGAACUGUGACCCCCCAAUCCUGAUAAAAGACAUGGAAGGAG